AAGAGCUACAAACCAGCCUGAAGGAGCAGCAGAUCCGGGUGUAGGCACUGUGGACUGGGACUGACUUUGGAGGAGGACUAUAGAGUAGAUUUAAAAGGUCAACCCCACCCAACUUCGGCAACUACUAGCAUGGCUACAGCAGGCACCUCAGGGCAGAGCACCUUUGGGCUCGGGAGGAAAAAGAAGGCACCUGGUCUCAUGGAUCAGAUUACUAAGUUCUUUGGAGGAGACAAAAAGAAGAGGAGCAAGGGGUCUUUCCGGGGUCACCUUGCUGCCUCACCCCAGCAAUCCUCCUCUCGCCGCCGGACCAAUGAAAACGCUGUGGUACACUUCUUCAGGAGCAUUGUUUCCUCUCCUCGUCCUAAAUCCAGGUGGAGAGACGUCUUGGGUUUGGCCUCGUCGCCGCGUGCCGAAAGCGCAAAGUCUCCGGUCAGAAGACGCAGAGACCAAAGCACACUGUCCAGACUCUUCAACCUGGGAGACCCCAAGUCCCGCCCACCCACUAAACGCUGGAGCACCAUCUUCUGAGCUCUCCGCCGAGGACCAAACCACAGAUCCAACACCUAUGGAACGAGACGAAGGAGGAGGAGGAACAGAUCUGCAACCGGCGGACUCGCAACCUCAAGAAACAUUAACAAACUAACACAAGACACCCUUUUGUUUAGACGAUAACAACACAUAAAAAAGCAUAAACUCUACUCAGCAGGGAUGUAGGUGGUCACUGUGCAAGUUUUCUGUUUAAUCCUACUUCUACGUAUAUCUUGUCUCGGUCACUGUUUAGCUGUUAAGAAGACUUUGGUCAUGCUUUUAGUUAAAUAUUUCACCUACUUGGGUGUCUUGGUCUGAUGGUGCUAGUGUCUGCUGUCUGAGUUUUGUCUGUAGCAGAUGUUUGUUUUUCUAUUCGUCUCCUGUCCUCUGCAUUUUGUACAUGAGUAACACUUAAUGUAUCUGAUUAUUUCACACAACUCAUGCGCCAAAAAAGUUUUUGUUUUAAUGUGAAAGUCCAGACAGAAAAGGGUCCCAUUUGUGGUUAUUGUGCCUUUGUUUCAAAUAAAUGUAUUAAAAAUACAACUGGAAAUGUACAGUGUAUGAGCAAUAAUGACUCUAAUGUUGUGUUGAUGUAAGACUUUUUUAUUAUGCUGCAGUGUGGUUAGAUUAAUAAGUAUGUACAGAAUAAUGACAUUUAAGUCUAUCCAAAAGUAAAAAAACGCCCUUUUCAAAUGCACUGUUACAUAUAAACAAUUAACAUAUCCUUAAAGAAACCCAUCUGCUCUCCUCUCUGUUAAGUAGCUUUUGCAUCUGUCUCAUGUUAUUUGUUUUCAGCUAAAAUGAAGUUAGAUUUUUUUGUUUUUUAUUAAAAGAAUACAGACAAACGUUCAUUUUAUCUGAUGGUCAGAAGGUAAGUGGCUCAAAGGCUCAAGGCAGAAGCUCAAAGAGGGUUUGAGGAGUCUGGUACUGAAGGACAGCAUGUUGAAUAGAAUUGUUCAGACAUAUAAUUUGUUGGCUGUAUGUUGUUAUAAAUUACACUGCCUUUCUCAUUUGUACAUACUGUUUGUGUGGGUCAUCUAACGAAACAGUCACACUGUAAGCAUGUUUUUGUCUGCUGACAUUUGGUGGUGCUACUUGAAAAAGAUCUGAUGUUUAGAAAACUGAGUGCUAUGUUUCCUCUUUAAUGUGCAUCUCUGUUUUUAAUGCUCAUCUCUAACUGGAAAUAAACACCAUGUCCUUGCUCAGUCAUUAAAUGGUCUAAAAUCUGA